AUAUACACUCACAUAUACAUACAGGUAUACAGAGAGAGAGAGAGAGAGAGAGAAGCGGAGGGAGAGCGGGCAAUGCUGGGAGCGAUCGGCUGCGAUUCAACCGCCGAUCGAUUGGUAGCGAUAGUUUAGGGCAUCCGUGUGUAUACGGCCUAUGUGUAUGUAUGGGGAGUGGAGCAUUUGUGGACGGUGUUCGUCGCUGGUUCCAACGUCGAUCAACAACAACAACAAUAACAUCAUCGUCGUCCUCCUCAUCAACAACAACAGCAAUAUUUGACCAUAAUAGGGCGAGCGAUGAAUCUAAUCUCCACAACAACGGCAACAAUGAUAACCGGUUACUAAAUGCAAGCGAGGAACUCAAGGUUUUUGAUAUCUCUGUUUUGAAGCUAAUCAAAGUCCCUAAGCGACUCAGCUACAUCAUGGAUCCUCACAAAAAGAGCUCUCUGGACAAAGAAUUCUUCACAGAGUAUGGGGAAGCAAGCAGAUAUCAAAUUCAGGAAGUUGUUGGCAAAGGAAGUUAUGGUGUUGUUGGUUCUGCCAUUGAUACACACAAUGGGGAAAGGGUAGCAAUCAAAAAAAUCAAUGAUGUGUUUGAGCAUGUCUCUGAUGCCACAAGGAUCCUCAGAGAAAUCAAGCUCCUUCGACUGCUCCGUCAUCCGGAUGUAGUUGAAAUAAAGCAUGUCAUGCUUCCUCCUUCUCGCAGAGAAUUUAGAGACAUAUAUGUUGUAUUUGAGUUGAUGGAAUCUGAUCUUCACCAAGUGAUUAAAGCAAAUGAUGAUCUUACACCUGAACAUUAUCAGUUUUUCUUGUAUCAGCUUCUUCGUGGCCUAAAAUAUAUACAUACUGCAAAUGUGUUCCAUCGAGAUUUAAAACCAAAAAAUAUACUUGCUAAUGCGGAUUGCAAGUUGAAGAUUUGUGAUUUUGGGCUUGCUCGCGUAUCCUUUAAUGAUGCCCCAUCAGCUAUUUUCUGGACGGACUAUGUUGCUACCCGAUGGUAUCGUGCUCCCGAACUCUGUGGCUCUUUUUUCUCCAAAUAUACACCCGCAAUUGAUAUAUGGAGCAUUGGAUGCAUAUUUGCUGAAAUGCUUACAGGAAAACCAUUGUUUCCCGGAAAAAAUGUGGUGCACCAGUUAGAUCUCAUGACUGAUUUGCUUGGCACUCCUCCUCCAGAAUCCAUAGCUAGGAUUAGGAAUGAAAAAGCAAGAAGAUACCUGAGUAGCAUGCGUAGAAAACCAGCAGUUCCAUUUGUACAGAAGUUCCCCAAUGUAGAUCCACUAGCUCUUCGCCUUCUGGAACGCCUUCUAGCAUUUGACCCCAAAGAUCGACCAUCUGCCGAAGAGGCAUUAUCCGAUCCUUACUUCAGUGGUUUGGCAAAUGUGGACCGUGAACCAGCCACACAACCCAUAUCAAAACUUGAGUUUGAGUUUGAGAGAAGAAAAUUAGCAAAAGAUGAUGUUAGAGAGUUGAUUUAUCGAGAGAUUUUGGAAUAUCAUCCCCAGAUGCUCCAGGAGUAUCUUCGUGGCGGAGAUCAGACUAGCUUCAUGUACCCGAGUGGUGUUGAUCGAUUCAAGCGACAGUUUGCCCAUCUUGAGGAGCAUUACGGUAAAGGUGAAAAGAGUUCUCCACUCCAAAGGCAGCAUGCUUCAUUGCCUAGAGAACGGGUUAGUGCACCCAAGGGUGAAACUACUUCUGAUGAUAGUGAUCAAACAGUGGCAUCUGUUGCUACCACUCUUCAGAGUCCUCCCAAGCAAUGCCAGGGAUCAGACAAUGCAAAUACAAAUCUGCAGCAGAAUGGACUCAACAAGCCAAACUACAGUGCCCGUAGCCUAUUAAAGAGUGCUAGUAUUAGUGCUUCCAAGUGUAUAGGCGUCCAAGCAAGAAAAGAUCCAGAGGAAGAACCUAUUGCUGAGCAUGAGGAGGUUGAUGGGUUGUCGCAUAAGUUAGCAGCCCUGCAUGCCUGAUUUUAACACUAUUCUCCAGUAACUCGACUAGAGUCAGAUGGCUCCAUUCACGCCAGUUAACUGUUUGCCAGUGGUUUCAUGGUGACCUGAAUCAAGUUUCUUUUCUUCGUUUCGUGUAGACGCUAACAGGACUCAUAUUGUUGUUGCAGUUUGUUUGUGUUGUAACAGCACUAGUGAGAAGAAAUCCUCUGCAAUGGUCUUAUUUACGUUUUGGAGAUGCGAAAUCCUUGUAUUUAUUGGAGUGGAUGAGCAGACAUUGAUAUAGGAAGAGAAUGACUGUAUACCUUUGUUAUAUUAUGUUUAAAUGGAUGAUGAAGUACUGGCUACCUUUUCUGGUAGCGUAUAGCCGUUAACUUUUGCAGAAA